AUGGACACUUCAACCUUUUAUAUGUGGCUUGCAAAUCACUUUAUACCCAAUCUGCCACCAGCAAGACCCGUUGUGUUGCUUAUCGAUAGCCACGAUUCACAUUUAGAUCUGGAAACGUUUCAGUUAGCAGAACAAAAUGGUGUUCAUAUUUAUGCUCUUUUAAAGAACACGACACAUAUGUUGCAACCAGCUGACGUAAGUCUCUUCGGCCCAAUGAAGAAAAGCUGGUAUAACUCACUCAGGCGUUUUAACCAAGCAAAUCCGAAUGCCGACAUCAAUAAGAAAAACUUUUGUGCUGUGUUUAAACCUACUUGGGAAGAGGUUAUGAUUCCAACUAUUCUGAGYGGUGCUUUUCGAAAAUCGGGUAUAUACCCUUUGGAYAGAGSCCAGGUAUCAAAGAGUSUACUCGCUGCGACGAACACUCUYGGAGAAGCUAAUUCAGCGCCWGCCGCUAAUGAAAGUGCRACACAUGCAGCGUUUAAGGAAUUAGAUGGAGUGCUGGCAACGCCCACUCGAGACAAGUACCSCYGUYGGGUUGAAGAGAAUUAUGAUAUCGAAAGCAGCCCGACUUUUAACGCCUGGCAAAAGCUUUAUCGUAAGGCUUUUCCUGACAACUCUAGUAUCARUCUCUCUAAGGCCAGCACYUCGACGACAGAAAAGCCAAAGGAAAGGAUGGCCUUAUGUUCUGUGCCUUCUCAACCACUGAGCGAUUCCAGAUCAGGAACGUUGCUGAAAGAAAUCCUGACAUACCCUACCUUAGAAGCAAAAGGCCCUCCAAAAAGAAAGAAUAUAAAGCGAACUAUUCCAAAUUUCGUCAGCGGGCCCGCGUCAAGGCAGAUCCUUUUGGAUGAGAAACUAAAGAAAGCGCGCGAGCUAGCAGACAAGCAGAAAAAGUUCCAAGAACGGGAAGAAAUGAAGGAAGAAAGAAGGAAGAGAGCGGAAGAAGAUAAAGCUCGAAAAGAAAAAACAAAACGAGAAAUUCAGGAAAAGAAGAGAAAGGACAAAGAAAACAAAAGACCAAGGAAGCAAUGA